AUCCAAUUUUCACAACAUGGCCAACGACUUUAGCGAAACUUGGAAUUGUGAGAAGUAGAAUUUUUGAACAAUUUUGAACGAAAUGAACAAGUAUUGGUCGGAAGGCUUGUACUCCAACUGUAAUAUUUCUCAAUGGAGGAAAACGUUAAAAGCCUACAAAUCUGUGCUUAAUUUUAAAACCAACAUGGCGUUAAAGACUAGCAAAACAAAGAAGGUUGAAGACGUGCUCACCUUAGAUCAAUGGUAUCAGGAAGACCUGCCAAAAACCUUAAAGGAUCGCGACGAAAAGUUUUUAAAGUUGGAAGAACUUUGUCACUUGAUGCGUUGGAAACUUGCAAGAGGAAAGUUCAGACCAAGAUUGACAGAACUCGUAAAGUCAAAUGAUGCGAAAACUGUUGAAGAUAUUACUAGGAAAGCGUUCACUUGUUUACCAGAUAUUUCGUCUGCAAUUCGUGAACUUUCAAAAUUAAAAGCAGUUGGUCCAGCUACAGCAUCAGCAAUCCUAUCUGCAGGUGCACCUGAAACUGUUCCCUUUAUGGCAGACGAAGCACUUAUGGCAAUUCCGGACCUUGGAGAUAUCAAUUAUAAUCUGCCACAUUACAUGAAGUAUGUUGAAAAAAUCAGCAAAGUCUUAACUCAACUUAGAGAAAAAGAUCCUGAUGAAGAAUGGACUGCUCAUAAAGUUGAACUUGCAUUAUGGACAGAAGUUAUGGCAAAAAAAUUAAAUUUUGAUCUUUCCCAAGAAUGUGAUUCAGUUGAAAACAGAAGUGGUACUCAAAGGUCAAAGCGAAAGGCAUCAACAAGUUCACCACAAUUGAAAAAACGAAUGAAGAAAUAACUAGCUAAUUUAUAAUGAGUGUUUUCUAUAUUUUAUUUCAAAAUCUAUAGCCAUAUCCAUUUCAAUAAGAUGAAAAAAGUUUUGUGUAAUUAAUAUAUUAUUUAUCAUGCUAUUAACUUAUAUGAAUAUAACUUUAUACAAUGCACACAGAAGAUCUAGACUCCUGUGUGAAGAUGUUUACCUUGUUCAUAAUUAAAUAUAAAAUUUUGAUUUAAAAGUUAUUUUAACUCCCUCCA